AAAUAAAAAAAAAAGGAAAGAAAAAAAAAGAAAAAGAAAAAGGAGUCCACUGGCAAGGCAUUUCAAAACUUCAGUCCAAAUUUCAUCGCCAAUCGGAGGUAAAGGAUUAUUAUAUUGUAAAAGUUAUAAAUAUAAAAUAUCACAUAGUUGUAGAGACGAAGUUUUUGGUGUUGGAGCUAAGAGAAACGGAGGCCUCGCGAACCAGUGGAGUAUCUUGAGAGAAAUCAGAGCUCCAGGAUCUUCUCUGCGUUCAAUCUCUUCAUAUCAUCACAUUCCAACUUCAGAUGAAUGGACUGAGAAUCUAACGUGAUGACCUCCGGAUUUGCAGCGAUAAACUUUUCUUAUUUGUUCUGGAAGUUUGGGUGAAAUCGAGCUGCUAUGCCAGCAAGUAUGGAGACCACGGUUACGCAGCAAUUGCAGUUUUCGCCAUGGAUCCACUCUAAGAGUAUUGCUGCAAAACCGAAGGGUUUGCUACAUUUUUCUCGGAGAUUAGCGGAGCAGUCCCCAUUUUCAUUCGAUUUACAAGUGUCGAGACAUUCAAGUCAACGCAGAACAGUCGCUUUGAAAAUUUCAUGUUCUUACAAGAACUCUUCAGUGUUGGAAUCUGGAAACCAUUGUGCUUCUGUUGAUGAGUCUUUGGCUAUACAGAGGAAGUCCCGGGAGAUUGAGUCCUAUUUAAAUGGGCGCUGUAUAUAUCUUGUUGGAAUGAUGGGCUCUGGAAAAACGACUGUAGGAAAAGUCUUGUCGAAUGCACUUGGUUAUUCCUUUUCUGAUAGUGAUUCAUUGGUGGAACAAGACAUUGGAAUUUCUGUAGCUGAAAUUUUCAAGGUCUACGGGGAGGACUUCUUUAGAGAAAGGGAGACGGAGGCAUUGAGGAAGUUAUCUUUGAUGCAUCAGUUUGUUAUUUCCACUGGUGGAGGUGCCGUUACGAGAACGAUAAACUGGAAAUAUAUGCAUAAAGGGAUCAGUGUCUGGUUGGAUGUGCCUUUGGAAGCCUUAGUUAAGAGAAUUUCAGUUGUAGGAACCAGUUCUCGUCCCCUAUUGCAUCAUGAUUCAACUGAUGCAUACACAAAGACCCUCGUCCGUUUAUCUACUCUCCUGGAAGAGAGGGGCGAAGCAUAUGCCAAUGCCAAAGUCACAGUUUCCUGCGAAAAAAUUGCAGCCAAACUUGGUACUAAAGAUGUAUCUAACGUCACGCCUAUGGCCAUAGCAAUCGAGGCACUCGAACAAAUCGAGAUCUUUUUGAAGAGAGAAGAUGGUUAUUGUGCAUUUUGAUGACCACAAAAAAUGACUCAUUUAGGUACAUAUGAAUAAAGGCAGUGGGUGGAACAAGUUCGAUUUUUUCAUUAUUUCUGGAUAAUCUUCUCUAUCAAGUAUCUCAAGGCAUGUUUCAGUUUUCACUCAAGGCUGUCCCAUAUUUCUUGAUCUCAGAAGUGUGUUUGGUUUAGUGUAGUGCAACUAUAAUGUAUUAUCUGAAAAUGUUGGAUGGUCAUAAGUUUCCAAGCAUAAGGAAAAACUCGCCAUUAGUUGUCUUUGAAAGAGUUGGUGAGUUCAUCUAAGUUAAGAACUUGGUGAUAUCAUUCAAUUAAGGUUAUACUAUUGAAAUAUCCUUGAAUUAGGUUC